AUGGCUCCGCGCCAUUUCACCAGAUACAUAGGCGUCGCGGCAGUCUUUUUAAUCGGCAUCCUCAUAUACACGUCCACGUCGGCCACAGCCUCUGUGGGCGUAAUUGAUGUACUGCAAUACCCCGAGGGCAUCCGCGACCUCGUCCCCAAAAUCAACGUUCCUAAUAGCCUGCGCUGGUCGUUCCAGAGUUCUGCACACAAGCCUCCGGAGCAGAAGAACAGCACACAUGAAGGCAGCUCGUGGUACAGCGAUUGGAAAUGGCUAAACCCUUUCUCCUCCUCGGUUACUCUCGACGAGGACCGAGUCGUUUUGCCUCCGCUGGCUGACCGGCCACCCAUCUAUACCUUCUACGAUGCGUCAGCCAAGAAAGAUGAAGAGACGAGAAAGAUCGACAAGGAGUUCUUGUUGACUUGGAGGCAAGCCUGGUGGGCCCAUGGCUUUCGCCCGGUGAUCCUUACAGACGCUGAAGCAAUGAGCCAUCCGCUCUAUCAGACUCUGCAUACCAAAGGCAUGCCAGCAACGCUGGAACAAGAUUUCCGAGAAUGGCUCGCAUGGGCCCAUAUGGGUACUGGACUAUUCACUGGCUGGUAUUGCUUGCCUAUGGCUGCUUACGAUGAUGACCUCCUCUCCCACCUGCGCCGCGGACAGUAUGCUCAACUCACCAAGUUUCAAGCCUUGGGAUCAGGGCUUUUCGCCGGCGAAAAGUCUCAAGUAGAAGAUGCCAUCAAGGCAACUCUGAACGACGUCAAACUCAGUUCCUACAAGUCAAUCACGGAUGCCAUCGACGCAAGUAGGUUCAAAGCCGAGCAGCCUACAUCUAUCGCUUGCUACGACUCGAAGACGGUUACCUCGAAGUAUCCUGUACUGGCAGAACUGAUGAAGAAAGACCCAAACAAAGGCCGGCGUUCGUUACUUGAACUUAUGCGAGCCCAUCUCCACGUCACGUGGCAGAACACCUUUAGCACUGGUAUUGUUGUGUUACAGCCUCUUGCCGCUCACACCUUCACUCUGGUUAAGCCCUCGCUAGACCUGGCUCGGCUUCUUGCGGAAUGUCCCAACUCCAUCUUGCAAUCAUCCUGUCCACCAAACCGUCCAAAAUGCUCCCCGUGUACUGGUUCCAAGCUCAGCGUCAAAACCACACCCUCCUUUAGCAAUGCCUCUUCUCUGUUCACCAUUGCUGUUGUGCCUCACCCUUACACCAUGAUCACUCUGACCAAUCAGACGGACGACAUAUCUGUUGCCCACAUACGACGAAAUACUGACCGCGACCCAUGGAUAACGGCUGUCACUCGCGAUCUACUAGGAGAUGCCCGUGGAGGCCCAAGCCGUGUAGUAAGCCUGAAAGAUGCCGUAGCAUCCGAGUAUGGCGGUAGCCGCUCCUUGUGGUUCACUACCGAAUACUUUCCUGCUUCGUUCAAUCCGCCGCCACCUCCACCCAAGUCGCCUACCAAUGACCGGCCGGUGGAGGAAAAGAUAGCACCUUUCCCAGAAGACUGGUUGGAGCACCUCGACUGGCACUUCGGGUUUCCGGUGCCAAGGACAACGGUUUCUCAUGGAGAGUCACUUCCUCCGGUUCCUGGGCCCGAGCGCUGGGCUAAGAUCCCGGCCGGUCUCCCCGCCGAACGCAAGAAAGCUCAUGAGCCAGACCCGCCUACAGAAGAGCAGGCGGCCAUAGAGGUUGAGCUUCUGCGCAAGGCUAGGGAGACUGUCAACAGCAAGGACGAGGCUGUGCUCAAAAUCCGGAACGUCGCAGAGGCGUGGAACCUGGCCGAUGCCGAAGCUUGGAAGUUUGUUAAGAGUUUUCGAGCCCGUCGAGUCGUCGAGAGAUUGAAGUUCGAGGAAGAGGAGUCUGUUUUUGAGACUGGAGGUGUGAGAGGGAAUAGUCGCUGGUGGGGCUCAUGA